GAGGAGGAGCGCAAUCCCUUUUAUUUUUCUCUCCAGACUGUCCACAGUCGAGAACAAAAAACAAACUUGAACUACGUGGGAUGCGUGUCAACUCUUGCUUAUACGCUCGUCUGCCCGAGGAGGAUCAAGGCAUGACGUCCACUUGAAGAGAUUAUACCUUUUUUCCCUCAACCUUUGUUUUGUUUCGCUGCUAAACCAGCGGAGGGGAAGGGCUCUGCCGAGCCGAAGAAGAAAAAAAACAAAACAUCAACAAACAAAAAAACGCCCGUUUGGAAAAUUAAAGUUGCGUGUCAGCCAGUGCGCACCUUACGCACAAGACUGGAACCUUAAGAUGUUGUCUCGACGCGGCAAUGUCGCUUUGACUGUCGUUUUCUUUGUUGCUGUCACAUCGUCAGGGCGGUAAGCAUGUGUUAAGCCCCACUCAAGAGCUUGACGAGCUUCGCCCCGAUCACAAAAACAAUAGAGAACAACAGCAUGGGGGCCAAACAAAGCAGUCCCGUGUACGACGGCAGAACCCGGGCGUAUUCCAGCUCCGAUCUGCCGUCCGGACACUCCGGCGGAGGGGAGCGCUUCGCCGGUUUCAGGUACACCAAUGGACCCGAGGGCCCCCGGAUCAGGUACACGGGCGGGGGGCCCACCAGCUCCGGCCUCAGCAUACCGGCCGGGGGCAGGCCGGGCUCGCACGCUCUCAAUCAAAGUCUGGACGGCACAGAUGGCGAUGACGAGGGCCAGAUGACCCCCGAGGGCCACAGGCUGCUAAUAGGGUCUCUACCGGCUCAUCUGUCGCCCCGCCUGCUAACAGGUUUCCACUGUCCUGUGUGUUCCAAGUUCAUGGCGUCGGAUGAAAUUGAGAAACAUCUGCUCAUGUGUUUCAGCAAAUCGCGCCUCACCUACAACAAGGACAUCUUGUCCAGAGAUUCUGGGGAAUGUGCCAUCUGCUUAGAGGAGCUGGAGCAAGGCGACACCAUUGCCAGACUCCCCUGCCUCUGUAUCUACCAUAAAGGGUGCAUAGACGAGUGGUUCGAAGUGAAUCGCUCGUGUCCGGAACACCCCUCCAACUAGCAAAGAGUAUAGUCAAUCAAUUGACUGUACCCCAACCUUAUUUUUAACACUGUACGUUCCAGUGUUGUAAUUAUGUUUAAGUGCUCAUCAGGGAUUGUAAAACAUGAUUUUGUAGCGGAUUAUUCGUGCGGCCUCGCGGGUGAGACGUCGAUGGUUUUAUUUUAUUUUUGUUCGGUGUGUCGAUGAGUGUGCGAGGGAAACUACUGGCGGAAGUCCGUUUGCGACUCCAACGUGAAUGUUCAUUGGGCCCUCUGCUGGCUUGAGCCUUGCCCUAAAAACUGGGGUCCGGCGGAAGGAACUGUUUUGCGAUGGGACAUUUCAAUAGAGAUUUUUCUGGUUGUUGUCGUUGCCUGUUCUGGACUGGCUGAACAAUGUGGGGAAAGAAAAACAGCCAUACAGAAUACAAGAUGCCUAUGUCAGCUUUAAAGGAUGAUUAGCGUUGAUGGAAGUAGUUUAUUGUUUUUCCCGACAUUCAAACAAAUGUGUCAUAGACCAAAUAGUCUUAACACGAAAUAGCUUAAUGCUCGGCUUUUCUGAACCACAUCCAUGCAAUUGUGUAGCAUGUCGAAGGUGGAAUUGACGAAAGGCUCGGACAUAUCUUAAUGGUGAUUUGGACGCUCUUUGAAAAGAAGCGUCAUAAUAUGCUGCUAUGUCAUAGACUGGAAAGUUUCCUAUAACCUUUGAAUCUUUGUUCAGUGUCAUUUCUAUUUGUACUGUAAUGAAUUGCACAAGAAAAUAAACGUUUUGUCAUUGCGUCUCUUUA